AGUACUAUCGAAUCAGUACAUUUCUAGAUGUUUGUGAGGUUAAGUGACAAGUAGGAGGCCUAAGAACUUUUGUCACAAGCAAACUUUGGCUUUAACAGGAUGAAAAUUGGAAUUGUGGGCGCUGGAGCGGCUGGAUUGGCCGCUCUUCGACACUCCCUACAACAGGGUCAUGAGUGUGUUGUAUUCGAGAAAACUGACAAAAUUGGAGGAACCUGGAAUUAUACUGAUGAUCUAGAUGUGGACAGCUAUGGAUUACCCGUACAUUCUUCUAUGUAUCAAGGAUUAAUGACCAAUCUUCCAAAAGAGUUAAUGGAAUAUGAAGAUUUUCCUUACAGCGAAGUAGAUAAAUCUUUCAUUGAUCAGAAGACAGUUCUAAACUACAUAGAACGAUUUGCUGACCGCUACAACUUACAUCCGUACAUUAAAUUUUUACAUCACGUUAUCAGAGUAAAUCCGCUCCCAAAUAAUAAAUGGGCGUUCAAGGAAGAAAAUCUCAAAACGAAAGAAAUCACGGACCACACAUUUGACGCAAUUAUGAUUUGUAUCGGCAACUAUUCAGUUCCAAAGUUGCCUGAGAUCUCAGGAAUGGAACUAUUAGGUUCCAAAGCAAUCCACAGCCACAACUAUAGAAAAUCUGAUGCAUACGAAGGGAAAAAAGUCCUUGUAAUUGGAGCUGGACCUUCAGGCAUUGAUAUAGCCAGACUUGUGGGCAAAGUUGCGGACAAAGUUUUCAUUAGUUACGGAGGGACAUUUUUCUUUAAAACACCAAACUACGUGAUCCAUAAACCCCUUGUUGAAAGCUUUGAGUCGGAUAAAGUUAAGUUUACGGAUGAAACUGAAGAGGAAAUAGACAACGUUAUAUAUUGCACAGGCUACCAAUAUUCUUACCCAUUCCUUACGCCCGAAUGCGGUAUUCGAGUAGAAGAUAAUUGGGUAAAAUACCUCUACAAACACAUUGUUAACGUAGAUCAUCCCACAAUGGGAUUUAUUGGGAUCACUUUCAAAGUGUGCCCGUUUCCAACAUUCGAUAUUCAAGUGCGAUUCUUUCUUGAAUUUAUCAAAAAUCCGUCUCGCUUUUUCCGAGAAGAAAUGGUGACAGAUAUACUAAAGGACGUCCAUCUAAAAGCAGUACCGCCCCAUCAUGUCCACCUUAUUGGGAUGCCUCUACAUCGGACUUAUUUCGAAGAUUUGGCAAAUACAGUGAAAAUCAGAAAAGUUAGACCGGUAAUUCAUAGGCUCUACGAGGUGCUGAGCAAUAAUCGAAAUGUUGAUAAAAGGUAUAGAAUAUUGAACGACGAAGAAUUUACUGAAAUUAAGUUUGACGUAGAUUAUUCAUAUAAAAUGACGCAAGCUCUAACGUGGAAAGAACUCGCAGAAGAGGAAAACCAGCCCUACUUUAACAACGUUUUGGAGUUUGUGGCCAAAGAGCGUGCGUCCGGAAUUACCAUCUAUCCACCAGACGAAGACGUUUUCAAUGCCUUUUGCACCGAACUGAAAGCGGUUAAAGUCGUAAUUCUCGGUCAGGAUCCCUAUCAUGGCCCCAACCAGGCACACGGUCUCUCAUUUUCUGUUAAGCCAAGCGAGAAAAUUCCGCCCUCCUUGAAGAAUAUUUACAAAGAACUAGAGAGUGAUCCUGCCAUUAGCAACUUUACGAUACCAAAACACGGACAUCUGCAAAAAUGGGCGGAACAGGGAGUGUUGUUACUCAACACGGUUCUAACGGUACAGAAGGGCAAGGCGAAGUCUCACGCCAAUCGGGGUUGGGAGAAGUUUACGGAUAAGGUGAUCAAAGUGCUCAGUAUGUAUGGUGAGGGAAUAGUGUUCCUGCUAUGGGGCGCCGAUGCGCACAAAAAAACAGCGAUAAUCGACCCGAAGAAACACCAUGUCCUCAAGGCGCCACAUCCCUCUCCAUUAUCCGCUCAUCGCGGCUUUUUAGGGUGUAAGCAUUUUUCUACAACCAAUUCAUUGCUAGAAGACCAAGGCAAAAAACCAAUUGACUGGUAUCUACCUGCCGAAAUAACGCUCAUCGCAAUAUCGACUUCAGUUGAAUUUGUUAAGACUUUGUUUCGUCGAUUUUUUUCAAACAAUUUUUCGAAAAUGCGCGUUGGUAUUAUUGGAGCUGGAGCUGCUGGACUAGCAGCUGCCCGGCACGUGUCCAGUUAUGGAUUCGAUCUGGAUGUCUUUGAAAUGGGUGCCCAACUUGGAGGCACAUGGGUUUACACUGACGAUGUUGGAAAGGACCGAUAUGGAUAUCCGGUUUAUUCAGCAAUGUACAAAGGAUUGAGAACCAACYUGCCGAAGGAAGUGAUGGGUUAUCCGGACUUUCCCAUACCGGAACAAAAAAAAUCCUACUUAACCCAAGCGGAAAUACUCGAUUUUCUCAAUCUCUACGCCGAAAACUUUGGGUUGAAAAAAUAUAUCAAGUGUAACACGAUGGUAAUGGAUGUGCGCCCCGUAGACAAUCAAUGGAAAAUAACUUGCGUGGACAAACCGACUGGACAAAUAUUCGUCAACUUGUAUGAUUCUGUAAUGAUCUGCAAUGGUCACUAUAAUGACCCAAUAACGCCCAGCAUACCAGGUCAAGAGCUUUUUGCCGGCACCAUAGAGCACAGUCACAAUUAUAGGGACCCCGAACGGUUCAGAGGACAAAAAGUGCUUGUAGUGGGAGCGGGACCAUCAGGACUUGAUCUGACUCUGCACAUUUCUUCAGUAGCCGAUUACGUUGUGCUCAGUCACCGAGUAGCCGAACCCAUUAAAACCCAGUAUCCAGCCAAUGUGGAAAUUAGACCCGACAUUAAACGUAUUCUGGACUUCGACAAGGUGGAGUUUAUCGACGGUACUUGUUGUGGCUUCAACGCUAUACUCUUCUGUACCGGGUACAGAUACAGCUUCCCAUUCCUGCACGAUUCCUGCGAAAUCUCCAUCGAUGAUAAUCACAUUCAACCCCUCUACAAGCACAUGAUUCACAUAGACAAGCCCACCAUGUGUUUCAUUGGAAUACCCUUCAAUGUGUGUACUUUCCAGAUGUUUGAUCUACAGGCAAGGUAUUACUGUAAGUACCUUAACGGGCUGAUGAGUCUGCCAUCGGCGGAAGAAAUGAGGGUGCACACUCAAGAAGAUAUGGAAAAUCGUCAAGCGAAGGGGUACACGAAGCGCCAAAUGCACAUGAUGGGUCCGGAUCAACAGUCUUAUUACAAUGAGCUGGCUCAUGAUGCGCAAACUGCUCCCAUUCCCCCAGUACUAGUCAAACUGAGGGAUUUAAGUGUGAAGCGGCUCUAUGAUGAUCUAGUGAACUUCAGGGAGGAUCAGUACAAAAUCCUGGAUGAACAGAACUUUGUAAAGGUAUCCAACUAGGCAGAGGCUUCCUAAAUUAAUCCGGUGACAACAAAAGUAUUUAAUAGGUUUAUACAUAUUAAGUGUAGCUUCUUUGUAACAUUAAAAAACUUUCAUACUUUGA